CAGCUGAUAACGAUACACGUUGCAACUUCUACACAUCCACCUCUGAACCGACAACCACCGGUCCGAAUUUACUCUACUCCAUCCUGUCGGAUUCGCUAGAUAUUUGAAUUUGCAAUGGCUAAGCUGUUUGAACUGACGUUAGCAGUGGUCCUAGGACUAUGCCUUGUGACACACGCCGUCGCUGCUUCUGAUGAUAAGGGCAAGAAGGACGACAAAGAUAAGAAGGAUAAGGAUAACGAAGAGGAGGAAGUACCAAAGCUUUUGGUCACCAAGAAGGCCUGGUUCGACGUGGAGGUCGACGAUGAACCAAUCGGAAGAUUUGUCGUCGGGCUAUUCGGAGAGAUGGCGCCAAUCACAGUGGCGAAUUUCGCAGCUCUGGCAAGGGGAAACUACAGAAUGGACCCCAAAUUUGGCUACAAGAACACCUACAUUCACCGUGUCGUACAAGAUCACGUGAUCCAGGGUGGCGACAUCACUGUUGGGGACGGUACUGGAGGAAAGAGCAUCUACGGUGCGGAUUUCGCUGACGAGACGUUCGACCUGAGUCAUGAUGACAAGGGGUGGGUCAGCAUGGCGAACGCCGGGCCGGACAGCAACAACUCACAGUUCUUCAUCACUCUGCAGCCCGCACGGUUCCUGGACAAGAGGCAUGUCGCCUUUGGGAAGAUUAUAGAGGGCAUGGACAUCGUUGAGAAGAUUGGAGAGGUCGAUGUGGACGACUUCGGGCGUCCCAAGAAGCCUGUUCUGAUUAAGGACUGCGGCGUGCAGCACACUUCGCCGUACGAGCUGAAGCCCAAGUCGAACACGGAGGGUGCUAAGAAGUCAGACAAGUCCGACAAAUAAGGCAUAAAGCGCACGUAUCCAUGUCCGGCUUGCAUGAGCAUGCUAUGAUGUUCAACAUGUCAGUAACAAAUCUUCGGGAUAGAACCUUUUUCAAUGCUACAUGCUUCUUUUUACGUUUAAGACACACAUGCAUAGUCUUCAUUUUCAUAUAGGUAGCCAAGAUACGAAUACUAGAUAUUUGUUCCACUGGCAUACUAUCAUUGAUACUUUCAUAUACAAAAGCAUAUGCCUUGACUUACUGACCAUAAAUUAGGUACGCUGACUAGUCGUUUCUGCUAAGGAUACUUGUUCAAUUGUUUCGUAUUCAGAGAAGACAUAAAAUUUUCCUAAGAGAUCUAGAACAACUUGUGAGUAUGGACAUCGACUAAGCUUAUGGUGUAUUGUGUAACGUAAUAAUGUAGUCAACCCUAGACCGUUCUUACUAAUAAAACACUUGCUUCGCUGAAACA